UUUCUUCGGAUAUCUCGUAUACGAAAUAUUCCUCUGAUCUGAAUCUUGGCGAGGGUCUUUGUAUAUGUACCUCCUUUCAUUGCCCAGAUUCUGGACUUUAUCUAUUGAACGGUUUUGAUUUUUAUUUUGAUCUAUGGCGUGACACUGAAAACCAGCAAUAACGGAAAUGGCCGUUUUCGCACUAAUAGACGGAUUAUCCGUUUGAGACGGGUUAUCCGUUUGAUAAUUCGCGUCAGAUAGGUAAUACGUCUUAAUUUGAAAAUGAAAUGGUUUUAAUUUUGAAUGAUCAGGAACAAUCCGUCUGAUAUUAUCCGGCGUCUGUUUAUCCGUCAAUUUUGAGGGACAGUUCGAAGAUGGAUUAUCCGUUUCCGAUGGCCUGUGUACAGCCGCCGCCCCCCCACCCCCCACUAAGAAAAAAUUGGCGAAUUGGUGGCUGUGGCGGAGAGGGCGAUUGUACACAGGUUAGUCUCACGCGGAUAAUCCAUUUCUAGCUCUAGGGUGAAAACGGCCAAUAACAAAAUGCGAUCCCGUGUCUAGUGUUUUUAACGAUAGCGAAGGACUGUACGGAACGACUGCCUGCCGUUUCCUUUUUCGUAGGCCUCAUUAUUCUGCCCGGCUAAUGCUUUUCGGGUCACGUGGUCCGAGCGAGUUUUUCUCUCGGAUACGCACUAGACAUGGCAAUGUCAACCGUAGCGUCAGAGAAAAACAGGGAAUUAUUACAAGGAAUUGUUGUUUAUCGGCAAUGUGAUUUACAAACAGUGACAUCUCUGCGUGUUGUUUCACUAGUAUUUCGAGGGCACGACCUCCUGAAAAUCGCAAAUAUUAUUCCCCAGCAGGAAGCCAGAUUUUCACUAUGCAAAAAAUUAGUUCCCAGAGAGAGCGGCGGAAAUGGAGCCUAGGUCUAGGUCAACACCUAAAAGGCGCUUGGCCUAACGUGAGUACGGAGUCAAAGUAGCCGGGAAAUGAAAAACGUAACCAUAGGUGAGUUUAGCACCUUCCUUAAAGUUAAAAAAUCUAGGGAACAAUUUCUUUUACGGCCAACUCCUUUUUACCCUAUUUACGGCUAAUAGUUAAAAUUUUUCAAUUUUUACGGCUAUCGACUAAAUUUUUGGCCGUUUUACGCCUAUCGGUUAACCCCAUUGAGACCUUCUUACUUUUCUCCUUUUGUGCUACAGACGACUUAAGUUCUUCACCGGAAGCAAGUUUGCUACGUGCAUGACCACGUAGACUGCAAAACAGUCGGUUUUUUCUCAAAAUCAGUAGAAAAAAAGGUAAACUGUGGCGUGAGAGUCUUACGCGCGCGAAGCGCUCGAGCCUUUGAGGCAAGAGGAAAAAAACCUUAUUUUUAGCGUUUCUCCCCAGUCUUGCUCACUAUUUUCAGCCUCGUUCCAGACCUUUUGUUUGACUGCUCGUGCGUACUUGAAUACGCAAAAAUACGGACUGUUUUGCAGUCUAAUGACCCCGUGGCUUAAUCCAAUUCGAUUAUAAUUUCUGUCAUAAAUAAAUUGCGUACGACGAGAUCUCAUGAUUUCCACUGCCUUUAAUUCCUCUACAACAACACUUUCCUUAGGCAAAGUUAACUCCACACCUUCUCCAGCAACGUAACUAACAUCAGCACACUCCCUUAGAAAACUUGCUGAAAAUGCACAAUCUCAAAUCCAUACCGAGGAUAAUUCAUGUACAAGAUCGCAAAAUAAAUUAUUACGUGAAAAACAAUAAUAGUGACACGCAAUACUAAAACAAGUAUAAAAAAACCUACUCUUGCAAACAAAUCGAAAAGAAAAACAAUGAUAAUGAUGCCUUUUCACAACGGUUACAGUCUGUUACGAAACCACGGUCCUGACUGCGUUUUGCUUCCCCUUGUUGACAAUCUAUAUCAUCACUUUUCGAAUCGCGUCGUCUACAUGCAACACAAACGACCGCACCUCUUUCUUUUGCUGCAAUCUUCAAUUCUCCAGUUGUCGAAAUCUCUUCACUCUUAAACUUUAUACGCAUUUCUUUCGCCAAGCUUUUCUCCAUGUAACUUGUGUAAUCUUCACUUCCUAAAAACUGAUUUCGUCUAUUUGAGCAUAACUAAUGUAUUUGACUGUCUCAAUAAUUUCCUUUCCUUAAGUUAAAGUUCGCGGACCAGCCCAUUCCGAAAACGCCUUAUUUCCUUUUUUGGUGUGGGUCUACCGCGAACAGUGUAUGUGAAGUCGCCAUAUAUAAACUUAACAUACAUAUUUCAACAAAAUAUUGACUGCUUCCAGAAGCCGGCUCCUGGCGCUGCUUCCUCUUCUUCAAUAGUCGCCCAUUUCAUCCCAACUUUCCAAAUCACUCGGAUAAAAAACAUCCAACUCUUCCCUAAUUGGCUCCUCGAUUUCGCCCUGUAAUGUUCAUACUAGGUCAGCGGUUACUCUUCUAGUUAUCCGAUAUGAAAGCUGUUUUUGUUGGAUAAUUCUAGUCUGUUUUCUGCCGUGGACAUUGUAUUUGGCGACGAGGAUGUCUAACAUCCAGGAAGGAACGCUAGCGGUUCCAUCUUCGCAAAACUCUACGGCUCCUACGGCAGCAUCUCCAACACAAACGUUGCCAACACAAGCUGUUCAGCAUUCGACGUCCGGACCAAAGGACAUCAGAGUGCAAGCACUUAUCGCUGACUCGGACCCCGAUGAAACUGGUCGUCGAUGGAAGAAGUGGAAAAACGAGCUGCUCACCUCGAUUCCGAUAUUUUCGUAUCUCAAGCACUCAGGAUCGUAACGACGCUUUUCACAUUUACGGAGGAGAUCGAAUACGGGAAUUGAUUGAAUCUCUUGAAAACGCUCUAUAACCGUCAUCCGCCUAGAGUCUAAACGAGUACGAGAAACUCAUCGCCAAACUUGACAACCAUUUCAUUCCCAUGGUUAACCCCGACGGAACGUGUAUUAAAUUGGAGAAAAUGUGCCAAAACGAAGCCGAAUCGGUCGCUCAAUAUCACGUUCGUUUACGGCUUCAAGUUGCAAAGUGUGGUUUCUUGGACCCUGAUGACGUCAUCCGAAGCAAAAUUCUGCACACCAUGCGUGACAAAAAACUCCGCCAGGAAGCAAUGAUGAAAAGGUAGACGUUACAGCAAUUAUCGGCACAUGCUGCAAAUAAGGAAGACGUUGACCUCCAAGCCCAGCGUAUGGAGAAAACUCUCCCUUCUGUACCCCCUGCAUGAAAUCAGGUCAACAGAGUGUAUCAGAAGAGACAUCAGAAACCCAAGGACAAACUAAAACCUAAACCGACACAUGAUGACAAGAAGAGCAAUUCCUGACAAUUUUGUGGGUUGGACCACAAAGGGCCCCGAUCACAGUGCCCAGCCUCUGGGAAAACAUGCGGUUGCUGCUCGAAGGAGAGUCAUUUCGCUCGAAUGUGCAAAAGUAAGAAGAAACCAAAGGACUCACAGCACAGUCAGCAAUCUUCAGCCAAGUAUGUUAGGCAGGAGGAACAAGAAGAGUCAUCAGACACUGAUUUUGCAUUUCAGCUCCAAGCAGACAAGUCAAACUCACUCACACACUCAACCAUGCUACGGUUCAGGUUUGCAUUAGCGGGGUGAAAGGAAAGAUGGAAGCAAACUCCUGCUUCACAGCAAACAUUAUGGAUGAGCACAAAUUCUAGAAGCUCUAGUCCGCCCUCGAGGAGAAGAUAUCUUUGAAACCUACUGACACCAAGUUGUAUGCAUUCGCUCAAAACGAACCUGUCCCCCUCGUUGGUUGUUUUGAUGCAGAAGUUGAAGGUGUCAGCACAGGAAAGAAAACUAUGACACGUUUCCUUGUUGCUAAGGGAAUUACCAAGUCUCCACCUCUCUUGAGUCUUGAUACUAGCGUAAAGCUAGAACUAUUGCAUGUGAUUAACGUCACCCACGAGGAAGCCAAACAACUCACAGAAAGCUGUACUGGUACCUCGUCCACAGACCCUGUAGUGUCAACGCUGAUGUCAGAGUAUCGUGACGUAUUCUUUGGCCUGGGAAAGCACAAGCACAUCAAGGCAAAGUUGAUUGUGGAUGAAAGUAUCCAGCCUGUCGCACACAGACAGAGACGAAUCCCUUACAAUUUAGCUCAAAAAGCUGCACAUGAGGAACUGAGAUUAAGGGAGCAAGGAGUCAUUGAAACAGUACCCAACAAGCAACCUACUACUUGGUGUACAAAUCCUGUGAUAGCGCCUAAACCUCACAAUCCUGAGGCCAUUCGUUAAUUUGUUCAGACAUGAGAGUACCACACACUGCAAUUCUGCGCCCUUUAUGUCUUCCACUUACUGUGGAAGACAUAAAGUUCAAACUCGAGGGUGCCACUGUCUUCAGUCUCCUUGAUAUGAAUGAGGGCUACUAGCAACCUGAGCUCGAUGAAAGCAGUAGGCACAUGACCACCUUUUACGGAACUGAGGGUAAAAUGAGGUACAUAAGGCUGAAUUAUGUAACAAUCUCUGCACAAGAUAUUUUUGACAAAGCAAUGGACGACACCAUCUCAGGGCUACAAGGUGAGCUCUACAUGCGAGAUGAUUUCAUAGUCUUUGGUAGAGACAACACAGAACAUGACACAGCCCAUGAAAACCUCCUCCAACGAUUCCGAGAAUGCGGUCUCACCUUCAACCCAAAGAAAUGCAAGUUUCGUCUGCCUCAGAUUGAAUUCUUCGGUUUUGUGUUCUAAAAAGAAGGAAUGAAGCCAUCGCCAAGAAAAGCUGAAGCCCUGAAACAAAUGGACCCACCCAAAAAUGUAUCAGAGGUGCGCUCUCUUUUGGGUAUAGUCCCGUACUCCGCAAGAUUUAUCUCCAACUUCGCAGAGAUGACCACGCCCCUGCGCAAGCUCACUCACCAAGGGCUCAAAUUAAUGGUGUUGGUCCAGCACAGAGCAAGCAGCAUUUGACAAACUCAAGUACACACUAUCUAGUGACACUGUCCUCGGAUACUAUGAAGCAGGCUUGGAAACAAGGCUCCGGCCCCAAUGGUCUUGAUUAGUUCUCCUGCAAAGGAAACCGGAAGGGUGGAAAGCAGUUGAGUGUGCUAGCCGAAGCCCGACAGAGGUUGAGAAACGGUAUCCUCAAAUCGACCGUGAAGCCCUUGCAAUCCGUUGGGCCUGCGAACACUGCUACCUGUACCUUGCUGGAAGUUCAUUUGUCAUUGAAACUGAUCACCAGCCCCUGCUACCGCUCUUUAACAAUUCCCAUAGCAGACCUCCCAUAAGAAUUGAACCCUGGCUCUUAUACGUGCAGCAGUUUGACUUUGAAUUGAAAUACUGCCCCGGAAGAAAGAACGCAGCUGACUACCUUUCAAGGCACGUGAUCCCUCUCACUGAGAGUGACACUAAAACCUGUAACGCGCGAGAACAGGUUGUACAUAGUAUCAUCACGGUCACAGCUCCCCAAGCCAUCUUACUUGUUGAAGUUCAAGAUGCAACAAAGAGGGACCGAGAGCUCAGCAAGCUCAUCCCACUCAUCCAGGCUGGCAAUCGUAACGCUUGCAAGGCUGAUCCAGACCUUAUGAAGUACGCACAGGUGUUCCAAGAGCUCAGCCACAUAGAAGGUGUUGUAACCCGUGGCCACCAGAUUGUCAUCCCUAAAAGCUUGCAGGAGCGUGUCAUUGACAUAUGCCAUGAAGGGCACCUGGGAGUUGUUAAGACUAAACAGCUUCUACCCUCAAGAGUGUGGUUCCCAGGAAUCGAUAAGCGCGUGGAAAGGGAAGUCACUAGUUGCAUACCUUAUCAAGCGAGCAUCAACACUUCACAACAGGACCCUAGAAAGAUGUCGCCCACCCCAAAUGAACCAUGGCUGGAAGCUUCAGCUGACUUCUGCGGACCCUUUCACACUCUGGAAAUGGUUUUGGUUGUCCUAGACGCCUAUUCAAAGUAUCCUGAGGUAGAGAUUGUUUCUAGUACCGCAGCAGGGAAUGUCUUUCCAGCACUGGAACGAAUCUUCGCAACCCACGGGAUACCAGAGGUCCUGAAAAGAGACAAUGGACCCCCGUUUCAAGGCCAGGCUUUCCAUGAGUUUACCAUGAAAAAGGGUUUCCUCCACAGGAAAAUAACAACUUUAAGGCCGGAAGCUAAUGGCCAUGCAGAAAACGUAAUGCAGAAUCUUUGGCAAGGUCGCAAGAACCGCACACAGCCAAGGGAAAGAUGGGAGGAGAGAGUUAUAUGUGUUUGUAGCCUACUAUAGGGCUACACCUCACCCAAGCACAGGGAAAAGCCCUUACAAGUUAUGCAUGAACCGAACAGAGAGUACCAAGCUCCACACCAUCCCACAAGUUAAUCCUGAUGCUGAAGCCAUGCAGAAGGACCAAGAAGCGAAGGCGCGUAUGAACGCCUACGCCGACCUCAAACGUCGAACAAAGCCUCAGUGCCUGAACGUCGGAGAUCACACUCUCGUUAAGCAGAGAAUUCAAAACAAGGCAAGCCCUCGUUUCGAACCAGUCUCGUAUACGAUCCUAGAUGUUAAGGGAUCUAUGAUCACUGCUAAGAGAACAACUGAUCAGAAGUUAGUUACCCGUAACAGCUCCUUCUUCAAGAAAUUGCCAAAUCCACUAAUGGAAGUCAUCCAAGAAUCCAGUCCAGUACCUCAGGUGGAACUACAAGCCCCGCUUGAUUUUGAUGGACCAGAAUCCAUUGAACGCACUUAAAUGCCUGCUACUCAAGAAGAGUUUUGUCAGGUUACCCCAAGUGAAACCAGCCUGUGAAAGACAACCACCUGCCUACCACAGUGGAACAACCAUCAUCACCUGCCCUCUUCUCCCGCAGUGGAAGGCGAAUCAGGAAACCGGAAUGGACCAAGGACUGUGUUAUGGACUAAGGACUUUGCUAUGACAAUAAGUUGAACUUUGAUAACCUAGUUUUCUCUUGUUGAUCAGAACUGUCAGCUCUGCAUGGCACUGAAAAUUUUCGGUUAUUUGCUGUUAUUUGUUUAUUGUCAUUUCGUUUUCGCGAAAUUUUUGUUAUUUAAUUUUUUCUUUCUUAAUCAUCCGGUUUAUAUCUACCUGGGGAGAAUUCUAAUGUUCAUACUAGGUCAGCGGUUACUCUUUUAGUAAUCCGGGCACUUGGUUUUUGGAGAGACCUUCACUACGAACCACGUGUGAGAUUUGAGUCUUCGUGUUUACCGAGAUUAAAGCUGUUUUUGUUGGAUAACUCUAGUCUGUUUUCUUCCGAGGACAUUAUACGCCCUACACAAUAAACCAAUCAGAAAAUAAAAUCACAGAAGCAGCAACUUCAGAUGACCUUUCAGGAAACAUGCUCUUCAAAUUGUCUAUCUCUGAUUGGUUUAUUUCGAUCCUCUGCUUAUGAUCUCUUCUCACCACUGUAAUAACGUAAACGAACCAUUUUUGAGCUACGCACUUCAAGCGGAACUGAAAGCUUUUCUCUCAAUAAUAAGCAUCGACAUUUCCAAUUUUGUAUUGCUAAUAUCUUUACUCUUAUAAAAAACAAUUUGCUCAAAAAUAACGUUUCACGAAUGCCGAAACUCGAAUUCCUGUCUCAAUCAGUUUCCUACAGUGUAAAAGGCCAAAAUAACUAAUCGUCG